AUGAUUGACUUCCAUCUGUCGCAUGGGUGUGAAGGCACUAUUGCUGUUACUCAAGUCGAGGAACCUUCAAAAUACGGUGUAGUGGUCUUUGAUGAACACAAUGGCAUGAUAGCUGAAUUCGUGGAAAAGCCUCAGGAAUACGUAGGCAACAAAAUCAACGCCGGCCUCUAUAUAUUUAGCCCUUCCAUUCUUGACAGAAUUUCUCUUCGUCCAACCAGUAUCGAGAAAGAGAUCUUUCCGAAAAUGGCUGAGGCUUGUACUCUAUUCGCUUUUGUUCUCUCCGGUUUCUGGAUGGACGUUGGACAACCGAAGGAUUUCCUCAAAGGUUGGCUAAAUUCUUAG